AUGACCAUCCAGCGGUUGAUAGGCCUGGAGCUCAACUCCACACCAACUCCAGUCCAACUCCAGACCAUCUCCAGGCCAACUCCAGACCAUCUCCAGGCCAACUCCAGACCAUCUCCAGGCCAACUCCAGACCAUCUCCAGGCCAACUCCAGACCAACUCCAGUCCAACUCCAGACCAUCUCCAGGCCAACUCCAGACCAUCUCCAGGCCAACUCCAGACCAUCUCCAGGCCAACUCCAGACCAUCUCCAGGCCAACUCCAGACCAUCUCCAGGCCAACUCCAGACCAUCUCCAGGCCAACUCCAGACCAUCUCCAGGCCAACUCCAGACCAUCUCCAGGCCAACUCCAGACCAUCUCCAGGCCAACUCCAGACCAACUCCAGGCCAACUCCAGACCAUCUCCAGGCCAACUCCAGGCCAACUCCAGGCCAACUCCAGACCAUCUCCAGGCCAACUCCAGACCAACUCCAGUCCAACUCCAGACCAUCUCCAGGCCAACUCCAGACCAACUCCAGUCCAACUCCAGACCAUCUCCAGGCCAACUCCAGACCAUCUCCAGGCCAACUCCAGACCAUCUCCAGGCCAACUCCAGACCAUCUCCAGGCCAACUCCAGGCCAACUAUAG